AAAAGUUCUGCAUUGGAUUGUGUCUCGCGCUGCUCUCGGAAUCAACACUGCUGGUGGGACCUCACGACUCGUACCGCGGUCACGAUACCACUCCAUCCCCACGACUAAGCAACAGAGACUCAGCUUCCAUGGGAUCUCAUCGCUGUCAGUUCCAUAAGCGAUGAUGUGGACUUCUGUGUCCGCUGUUGGUGAUCGAAUCCUGUUGUCCACUUCCAAUGACCCUUCCUUAUCAUGGACUCGGUCUCGACGCCCUGUCUAAAACGUGUCGAACGCGCUCCGAACCCCUGACGUUGCUACGCAGACUAGGCAUAGACGGCCAGGCUUCAUCACUAUCCUAUCGUCCUGACUGCUGGACUCGCCAGGACCCGUUGAACCUCGAUAAUCCCGAGCGAAGCCGCCGGAAGUCCGCAAUCCCCCUUUCCUUGGAAAGGGUCGAUCUUUGCUAUGCUGAGGAAUCCACCUUGCUCUUCAUCCCAGCUGAUCAUGCGUCGGAUGAGCAGCAUCCACGCGAGAGCACUGAAUCGGACAGGCCAAUGUCUCGUCGGCCCUGGCACGCGUCGAUGUCCACCGUCCAACAGCAUGUCACUCAGUGGCUUACGUCCUUCUGCGUGCACCCAAAAUCAACGACAACCCUACUGUGACGGCUCACUCGACCCGAACGGAAAACAUGGAGAAGGACAGCACAGGCUUGCAGCGGCUAUUGACCUCGCGCAAACUGGCGCGGAUGACGUAUACACCGGUGUGGUCCGACUGAAAGAAGAUUACUUGGUGGAGAGUUUCGAUGUGACCAUCUCGAAUGCCGUAGAGCUGGCCAAGGCGUACGUCCCCAAAAUCCCGGGAUUUGGACAAUGGGGCAGGUCGUCGUUGGAGAUUGUCCUCGUCGUCGGUUCUUUCUCGGCCUACUCUGCAACAGAGAUCGGCUAUGCUCUUGCGCUCUUGCGCCUGUCUCUGCGGGUGCUUUUGUUCUCGGAAUGUGUCUACGGUCGUCACUGUGUUGCUGACCGCCCUAUUUGCAGCGUGACAGUCCAUCCUGAACACAGGACAUGGAAUCGAAGAAGCGGAUUGAUCUUGUGGACGGGCGCGUGCUUGAGGCGUCGAUGAGAUUAGUUCGUUUGGAAGUCUGUUUCUGUGAGGCUCCCAUUCUGUCAAUCGGGUACUGGCGCAACAUGUUUCUUCCCAAUGCGACACAGUUCAUUGGACUGGGCAUUAUACGUCCUGUCGACUCCUCCCGCGUUCAGACUCUCCUUGGCUUCAGGCCUACUUUCAAAAGUCUAUCGCGAAAGCAUGGAUUGGGAAGGCUAGCCUGCCCAGUUCGGAACGAAUGGAACGAGACAACAAGUUGAAUCUUCUUAUGUGCCAAGGUGCGCAGUGGAGAGAAGUUCUGGAGAAAGGGAAGCAUCUUCGGGUUGUGUUUGGCCGCGCUGAGCAAGUUGGAUCUCGCACUCUGCAUUCGCCGACUUUGACGAGCGCUAUUCUGCCGAGUGGCACCGGGGCCCAUUGUCGCAGUCGAUAAGAGAGAGAGAG